UUUUUUAAAAUCAGGAUCCAAACAGGACUCUGUUUCUGCUCAGUGAACUUACAACAAUUAUCUGGCCGAUCAAAUGAAAGCGGAAAAUGAGAAAAAUACAUGGAUUCGGCUUCUUUGUGAAAACUUAAUUUUGAGUUUUUGAGAGCGGACCGAAGAGCUCCAGGAAAAAAAAACAAAAAAAAACGACUCCUGUAGGACCGGCUGAGGGGGCUGGGUCUGAUCUGGUCUGGUCUCCAGCCCGUUUUUCAGGCACAAGUCCAAGAACGGACACAGCAGACGCAGCAAGGUCGGUAAGAAUAUUUUAAAAUACAGUUUAUGCUCUUAAAUGAUCCCUCAGUUUAUAAAUGAGCUUAAUUUUCCAAACCAUCACCGGGAAAUCAAGUUAUUUACGCAUUUAAAUACAACCAGAGACAUCGAUUAAGACACAUUUCUCCCCUUGUUCCUUGGGACCAGUCUGCUUCAGCUCCCCCAGCAUCACAGCACUGGUACAGAUUUGGCUCGGAGGUUUUCCGCCCAGACGUCAGGCAGGCAGGCGGUGGACCUCAGCAUUUGAUCACUGGUUAUUUCAGAGCCUGUGAUCCCCGCCGGUCGGUGCUGCGUCCUGACGUCAGCUUAUUAUAAGGAGGCAACGGAACCGGAGCGGCGGGGCAGACAGCCGGGCUGAAGGGGAGAAAGGUGCGGAGAAACAGGCUGGAGGAGCCGGACCAUGCUGAUCUGAUUCCUCAUUGACAGGGCAUUCUGAGCACAGUCUGAGCUGAAGAGAGGGGCUUCUGAGUCCUGAGAGGUGCAGGUAUGGGGAAGGACUACUACAAGACCCUUGGGAUCCCCAAGAGUUCCAACGAGGACGAGAUCAAGAAGGCCUACCGCCGCAUGGCACUGCGCUUCCAUCCAGACAAGAACACAGAUCCAAACGCUGAGGAGAAAUUCAAGGAAAUCGCAGAGGCCUAUGAGGUACUCAGUGACCCGAAGAAAAGGGUUGUCUACGACCAGCUGGGAGAGGAAGGUUUGAAGACAGGAGGCAGCAGCUCUUCAGGUGCUCCUGGCAGCUCAACGCACCACUACACUUUCCAUGGAGACCCCCAUGCCACCUUCGCCUCUUUCUUUGGGGGCUCCAACCCCUUCGACAUGUUCUUUGGCUCCAGCCGCAGCCACAGCCGCUCCAAUGGUUUCCCCUUCCACCACGAUCACAGCAACGGGGCCGAGCAGGACACAGAAAUGGAUGAGGACGACCCCUUUGCUCAUUUUGGGAGACAGUUUGGCUUUCCGGGAGGAAUGAACAAUGGCUUUCCAGGGGAGGGCCGCAGGAGGAGGGGGGCAGCUCCGUCAGAGCGUUUGGGGACCAAUCGAAAACACCAGGAUGCUCCGGUGGUCCAUGAGCUGAAGGUCUCGCUGGAGGAGAUCUUCCACGGCUGCACCAAGCGCAUGAAGAUCACUCGCCGCAGGCUGAAUCCAGACGGGCGGAGCAUGAGGACAGAGGACAAGAUCCUCAACAUUGUCAUCAAGAAGGGCUGGAAGGAGGGGACCAAGAUUACUUUCCCAAAGGAGGGGGACGAGACCCCAGAGAACAUUCCUGCUGACAUAGUGUUUGUGCUUAAAGACAAAGGGCAUGUCCACUUCAAAAGAGAUGGUUCCAAUGUCAUUUAUAACUGCAAGAUAACCCUAAAAGAGGCACUGUGUGGCUGCACUGUUAGUAUUCCCACAAUAGAAAACCGUGUCCUCUCGCUCCCUUGCCACGACAUCAUCAAGCCAGGAACGUUGAAGCGGGUCAGAGGGGAAGGCCUGCCUUUCCCUAAGAACCCGUCACAGCGCGGUGACCUUAUCGUGGAGUUUUCUGUCCGUUUUCCCGACCGGAUCCCCCCUCAGUCCCGAGAGAUAAUCAGACAGCACCUCCCCCAGUCUUAGGAGGACCCCUCUGAGCUCUCCACCGACAAACAAAACUACCCAUCAUACAGCCUUGUUUGCUCAUCCCAUAUUUGGCAGUCAAUGUUUUAAUAUCUUGUGUUGAUGCACACAUCUUAUAGAGACUUUCCAGCUGAGAGACAAAGAAUGCGGACAGUGCUGGCAGGAUUAGGUUUUAAUUUUGUGUUGUACAUGUUGUCUUUUGGUCCAAGCACACACACAAGUACCCAGAUAGUAAAGCGGUGCUGAGGAUGGCCUGUGCACAA